CUUCGUUGUUGUACGGUCCGGAGAAUCUCCGCUCCUUGCCAACGCCGGUGUUUUGUUUGAAUGAUAAGGUGAACCAACGUUGGGUGAACUUGCAAGAUGACUGCUGAUCACGCCUCUGUGCUGGCACUUUUUUGUGGUUUACCAGCGAGUGGGAAAACUACGCUGGUGCAAAGAAUCCGUACUGUAUUGGAAAGUCGUGGAGCGCCUGGUGUGCCUUGGUGCCCAUGUGUCAUUUGCUAUGACGAACUCGUGAGCAUGGAUGCACAAGCCGAAAUGGCACAGAGCAAAGGUCUCACUAAGGAAUCCCGUCAGCAUUUGCUUGAAGCAGCCGACUGCUACAUUGGAUGGCUUUGUGGAGAGGGCUGUGAAGCCAGCCCCAUGUGUGCUGACCCUGUGAUGGAAAUGCUUGGUCGCCUAAAGGCUGCAAGAAGAGGACAGAAGCCUGAUGAGAAACCUUUAAUCAUGGUUGAUGACAACCUGUACUACCGCAGCAUGCGCGCUGCAUGGUUCAAACUGGCCCGCAAGUACGCUUUGGGUUUCUGCCAGGUAUUUCUGCUCUGCUCUGCAGAACAGGCUAUUCAAAGAAAUGCCACUCGUGUCUUACCUGUGCCUGAACUAACAAUUAAGACCAUGGUGCAAAAAUUUGAGCUGCCCCGUGACGAGCCUUGGGAGCAGCACUCUGUAGUCGUGGAUGGAGGGCCAGGCAGCAUGGAGAAAGUAAUGGCCAUUCUAGAGACUGCAUCAAAGCAACCAUGGUCUCCUGUGGAUGUAUUGGAUAGCGUCACUGAACCAACACCUGCCAGUCAGAUUCAUAUCUGGGACCUUGAGCUUCGUACCAUUGUGUCCAAACUCAUCAGACAAGCACAAGAUGAAAAGUCAACCAAGUCGAAGCUUCAGGCAUGGUGUCUUAGGGUGCAGAAGGCUCGCCAGAAUGUUCUAGCCUACUUAAGAACCCUGGAUUCUUGCAGUGAAAAGGAGGAGGUGGACUUGGAAAGGCUCAUGCAGGAGCAUCUUGACUGCAGCACUUCAGGUGCAAGCUGACAAUUUAAUGCCUUUCAUUCUUUUUUUUAAUUUUCUGUGGGUGCUUGUGCCAGCAGGAGUAGAUGUACGUACAUAAUGGGGCAAAUCAGUCGGAUGAAUACGUGUUCAAGGGAUGCUGCAGUAAAAGGCAAAAUUGCUUUCCAUUUUUUUU